CACGCGGGAGUGAAUGCGGCGGCGGCAGCGGCGAUGGCGACCGCCAACGCCCUCACUACCGCCGCUGGGGGCAGCUGCUCCAGUAGCAUCAGCAGCACCAGCAGUUCCAGCUCUAGCUCCUCGACCAGCAGCGGCAACAACAAUCAGCACCACCACCACAAUGGCGGUGGCCACCACAACAGCCACAACCACCACCAUCACCACCACCAUCAGCAGCAGCAGCAGCAGCAACAGCACGCCCAGCAGAACACUUCCUCCUCCUCCGGUCAUCGGAAGUUGGAACGAACGCAAUCCGAACCGCUACCGCAGCAAGUGAAUACAUCGAGAUACAAGACCGAAUUGUGCCGACCGUACGAGGAGGCCGGCGAGUGUAAGUACGGCGACAAGUGCCAGUUUGCGCACGGUCUGCACGAGCUGCGCAAUCUGCAGCGCCACCCGAAGUACAAGACGGAGCUGUGCCGCACGUUCCACAGCGUCGGCUUCUGCCCGUACGGCCCCCGGUGCCACUUCGUGCACAACGCCGAGGAGGCGCGCAACCACAACCGCAACGUGGCCGCCUAUCACGCACGUAUGGCCGCGGCCGCGGCUGCCGCCGCCGCUACCACGGCGUCCAAGGCUGCCGGACCUCAGCAGCAGCAACAGCAGUCGGGUCAGCAGCACGCCACAGGCGGUGGCCUGAGUUCGGUGUCGGUCGCCCAACUGCAGACGGCUGCGGCGCUUCUCGCGCACCCGUCGCUGGCCGCCGCCGCUGCCCAUCAGCAGCUCAAUCAUCAUCAUCACCAGCAUCAGCAUCAUCAUAGCCAGCACCACCAUCAUCAGCAGCAACAGCACCAUCAUCAGCUACCCCUCAGCCCGGCCCUUUCGAUGUCGACCGGAUCGGAUCGCGCCUCGCCGAUCGGUUCGCUGUCGCUCAGUCCGACCACGUCGAUGGCCAGCUUCUUCCCCGAGGCCGGAAGCCCCACGUUCCCGCACCAAACGGUUGCCGCUGCCGUCGCUGCGGCCGCGGCCUCCGCCAAUCACCUCCAGCAGCAGCAACAGCACCAGCCGGCGGCGGCGUUCAACUUCCCGGCCAGCCCGCCGGCCAGUCCGAUCGAUGGUGGCCUCUCGCCGAUGGCGACGCCACCACCGUCGUCUCCCUCGCUGCUGGUGUCGUCGAUGAAGCUGAGCGGACUCGAGGAGCGGCUGCCCGUCUUCAAUCGGCUCAGCUCCGCCGUCGACGCGUUCACCAACCUGGCCCUGUAAGCCGCGAGGGGUGAGGGGUGUGACAAGGAUCCCGGUCCCGGAUUUAUUUUUUU